AUACAGGACUUCGCGUACGUUCACUUUGUGGAACGUGCGCGCAGCUGAUCUUUCUUUAUUUGCCAGGAAAAGAUGGCAGCGUCCGUGUGCCGAGUCGGGAGCACGGUGGGUCGAGCCCUAGCCAAAGCACGUAGCCCCAUCCUGCUGUCUCUGCGGCGUGGCCAGGCGACGGUGACCUAUGCCCAGAGCCUUCUAGGAGCUCCGGAGACCCGUCUCACUGCCCUGGACAAUGGCCUGAGGAUCGCAUCCGAGGAGACUGGACAUGACACAUGCACUGUUGGGUUGUGGAUCAACUGUGGAAGUCGCUACGAGACUGAGAAGAACAAUGGAGCUGGGUUCUUCCUGGAGCAUAUGGCUUUCAAGGGGACAAAGAAGCACCCCCAGAUGGCCCUGGAGCAGCAGGUGGAGUCCAUGGGUGCUCACCUGAGUGCAUACACUUCCCGGGAGCACACUGCCUACUACAUGAAGACCCUGGCCAAGGACCUGCCCAAAGCGGUGGCGCUGUUAUCUGAGGUGCUGCAGAGCAAUGCCCUGAGCGAGGCUGACAUUGAGCAGCAGAGGAGUGUAGUGCUGAAAGAGCUGGAGGAGGUGGAGGGCAGUCUGCAGGACGUGUGUCUGGACCUGCUGCACGCUACAGCUUUCCAGGGCACCCCCUUAGGACACAGUGUUCUGGGGCCAUCCCAAAAUGCCAGGACUUUGAGUCGACAGGAUCUGGUAGAUUUCAUCAGGAGCCACUACAAGGCCCCCCGCAUGGUGCUGGCAGCUGCUGGAGGUGUGACUCACGAGGAGCUGGUUGGGUUGGCCAAGCAGCACUUCAGUGGUGUUUCCUUUGAGUACGAGGAUGAUGCUGUGCCUGUUCUGUCCCCCUGCCGCUUCUCUGGCAGCGAGAUCCGCAUGCGUGAUGACGAUAUGCCCCUGGCACACAUUGCCAUCGCCGUGGAGGGUGCCAGUGCCGCCAGCCCAGACAUAGUGCCUCUCAUGGUGGCCAACUCCAUCAUUGGCAGCUAUGACAUCACUUUCGGUGGUGGAAAGCACCUGAGCAGUCGCCUGGCUCGUCUAGCCUCAGAGGAGAGUCUGUGCCACAGCUUCCAGGCCUUCCACUCCUCCUACAGUGACACUGGUCUGCUGGGCAUCUACUUUGUCACUGACAAACACCACAUCGACGACAUGAUGCACUGGUCACAGAACGCAUGGAUGAACUUGUGCACCACAGUGACAGAGAGUGACAUUGCCAGAGCCAAGAAUGCCCUCAAGGCCAGCCUGGUGGGACAGCUCAACGGAACGACACCGAUAUGUGAUGACAUCGGCAGACAUGUCCUGAACUACGGCCGCCGUAUCCCUCUGGCUGAGUGGGACGUCCGCAUCAACGCUGUGACGCCCAAGAUGGUGCGUGACGUCUGCUCCAAAUACAUCUAUGACAAGUGUCCCGCCGUUUCUGCUGUUGGCCCUAUUGAGCAGCUGCCUGACUACAACAGGAUGCGCAGUGCCAUGUACUGGCUCCGCUUAUAAGAUCCCCCAUAGUGUUGCUACGCUCCUCCACUUCCAUACUCCUCCCAUCACUGCAAGAGUAAAGAACCGAGAACUGCCUCAGCUCAUUAGCACAGACCAGUAUGGACUCCAGGCCUUCUCUCCAUCUCUCCUCUCACUACUUCAGUUCUAGUUGGUUAUGAGGGAGAGAACCAUGGUGUUGAGGGUGUGCAUAAGUUGAGUGUUCCAUUUCCUUGUAUUUGUCACUGAUGAUCUUGAAAGAUUGUAAUACAGAAGAUUGUUAGUAUCACUGAGCCUUUUCAGGCACCUGGUACUGCUCUGGAGAACAGAGGGGGACACCUGAACACAUGCAGUGACGCAUAUACUGUACAAUCAUAGCACUGUACAACCAGUUGUGGAGAAGUAUUUAUGAAUUGAGGUAAUGUUUUGUUUCUGUCCUAUUGUACAUAAACUCAUUCUGACAUUCAAGUAAAA